AUGACUCACCACGGCGACUACCGUCAAUGGCCAUUUCUCAAUCCAGAGGAGUUCGAGCUUGCCAAUGCUUUCUUCGAACAGAAGUAUAUGGGAGUAACACUAGGUCGUACAAGGAAGGUUUUCAGAGUACGACUUCGUCGGGUCAUGACUACAGGAGAGUCUUAUAUCACGAUCAUGCGGUUGCUACAACCUCCUGAGGAUGCCGAUGCGGAUGAGUUGUCUCUAGCUCUUGCAAGGCUUAGCGGAGGUGGUGAACGCGGUGAGAAGCAAGACCUCACAAUAGAUGUCGACAUGAAGAUGGAUACUACAGAGGAAGAAGCGGAUGAUGAAGCUCUCUCGCAACCGUUGGGUCCCCCUCGAUACACCCAAUAUUCAGAUCAGCCAUUUGUGACCUAUGAAAUACACCUCCAUCCCACUUACCGUAUGCCAACGCUGUGGUUCACAUUACAUUCCCUACCUAUGGGUGAGCCAACUUUCGAUCUAGACUCCGUCUACCGCUAUCUUGUUCCUACCGAGUACAAAAGCAGGCUCCGGGCAGCUGGGAUCACCGGUGGAUUUUCGGCAGCUCCUCACCCCAUCACAGGAAUUCCCGCUUUCUUCGUUCAUCCUUGCCAGACGAAAGAAGCCAUGGAAAGUUUCGAUUGCUCUCUCCGAAAUUACCUGAUGGUCUGGUUGGGUUUGGUUGGAGGAUGUGUAGGACUAUGGGUACCUCCUGAGAUGGCGCAAAUUGGAGACUCUGACUGA